UCGAUUCGAUGCAUCUGAAAGAGUUGCUCAGAAUUCUUCUAAUUGGAUCAGAAAAACAAUCAAACGUCAAAUCUCCGUCGAAGUUGAAUUAUAAAAUAAUUUUAUUUCUUUUUGCUUCAUUAUUUGUUAUCGUCCAUUCAUCCGACUACAAAGCAGCGAGACGUUCAACGAAGAUACAACGACUGGAAACCAACUUCAGAGGCGUUGAUGCACCCCACUUUAACCAGCUGAACAGAGCGGUGAACGACAACUUGAAGAAAACAAGUUCAACUGGAAAGAAGAACAAGCAGCAAGUUAAUAAGGACAAAAUGCUGUACAAUGAUAGCGAAAAAAUCAACAAAGCAAUUGAAUACACUAUAAACGAAGAAAACAAAGUACCUUAUUAUCUUGGAAAUGUUCCAAGAGAUGCGCAACUUACCGAUCCAACCAUUUCAUCAUCCAAAGCGGUUCAUGGUUCGACGACACAAUCACUACUGAGAUAUCACUUCCGUCCCGUGCCUCGCACGUUCUCCAAGUCCUACCACGUUGAAGAUUACUUCAAGUUGAAUGCCACAACCGGUGACCUCUAUAUAUUCGUCGUCCUGGACCGAGAUGAACUUUGCCCUCUGCACAACGAACGACCAGCUUCACUCGCCUCCUCCCUCAUCAUCUCCUCCACCAGAAGUUCCUCCUGCUCACUCACUUUUGAUGUCGUCGUCAAGCCGAUCGAUUACAUCAAAAUCGUCAAAAUAACAGUCAACUUGUUGGACCUCAACGACAAUGCUCCCAGGUUUCAGAAAAACAGGACAACGAUUGAAGUGGCAGAGUCAUCAAGUCUGGGCUACUUCAUCCACCUGCCGUCAGCUGAAGAUCACGAUACUGGAAUCAACGGCAUCCAGGAAUAUCAACUCGUCAGUGCGUACAACGAGUUCGAGUUGGUGGCCGCCGAUCAGAUUGAUGACUCCAUUGAUGUCCUCCUCAAACUCGUCUCCAAACUCGACAGAGAAGUAUGCGAUCAUUACGAGGUGACGUUAAUAGCCAUCGAUGGAGGCAGGCCAGCCAAAAGCGGCUUCAUAGACAUCGAAAUAAAAGUAAUCGACUCCAAUGAUAAUCCACCGGUCUUCGAGAAGUCAUCGUACAGCGUAACCGUUCUCGAAAGCACCCUCCCGGGAACCACCCUUUUGACCGUGCACGCCACCGACAAAGACGUGGGAGCAAACGCCCACAUCACUUAUCUACUUUCGCCAAAUUCCGACCACGCGUAUGGCGACGUCUUCCAGAUUAAUGGUCACUCGGGAGAAAUUCUGAUCAUGAAACCGCUCGACUACGAGACCAAUCGAUACUACAGACUGACCGUCCUGGCAAAGAACGAUGACAAUCUGGUUCAUCUCCUGACUUCGACGGUGACUGUUGAAGUAUUUGUGGAGGACGUGAACGACAACCCUCCCGUUAUAUCGGUCAACUUCUGGCCUCAUCGAACGCACGCCGAGGUCAUGGAGAACAUCGGCCCUGACGUCUUUGUUGCUCUCAUCACCGUCAAAGAUGCUGACUCCGGGAAGAGUGGAGCCUUCACAUGCAGUGUUGAGGGCACAGCACUCUUCAGACUCGUGCCAGUCUACUCGCAAGAGUUCAAGCUGCUCACCAAUCAAGUCUUUGAUCGGGAAGAACAAGAUUUACAUUCGUUAAUGAUCAUAUCAUCUGAUGAAGGCACCCCUUCCUUAUCUAGCUCCUUAUCAUUCAUCGUCUACAUAUUUGAUCUAAACGACAACUCUCCAAUGUUUGGCAAACAGAAGAAUUAUUACUUCAGCAUUCUAGAAAACAGUCCAGCAGACGCUGUGGUGGGCUUCGUAUCAGCCACUGACGACGAUUCCUCUCCUGAAUUCAAAACGAUUGAAUACUUUCUGCACGACCCGUCCGAAUGCUUUCAGAUCAACAAACGAACAGGCGAAGUACGCUCGCUAGUUUCGUUCGACAGAGAAAGCACCGCCGUCUACAAGCUGAUCGUCACUGCGGAGAACAAUUUGAUGAGCGACAACAGUUUCACAGCAACUGGAUUGAAGCAUAGAAGCAAGAAGUUAUCAGCUUCUGUCAAUGUAACAGUUUCAAUAUCAGAUGUCAACGACAACGCACCCGUGUUCGUCUUUCCGAACAUUUCCUUCUACGAAGUUGAAGUUGCAAAGAAUGUGGCCAACUCGGUGGGCAGUGUAGUGGCCAGGGUGCAAGCGGUCGACCCUGACGACGGGAAGAAUGCAGCUGUCAGGUAA